UGCGGACGGGGCGAAGCUGCGGGAGCACUCGCGGGGCCGCCCGGCGUUCCGGGCACCGGCAAACGGAGGCAGGAGCUCCCGGUGCCCUCCCUGGCAGCCCCUUGGGGAGCCGCAGCACCGGGCAGUCCGCGCUGAAGUGCCCCCGGCACCGGGGAGAAUCGCACCGGAGCCAUGAAUAGUCCCAGUGUGGAAUGGUCACGGAGCUGUGCGUUAGGGUAAUGGUGGAGGAGAGUCGUGGUGGGAGACGGGCCCCAGGACUGCGCCCACCGUGUCAUGUUUGAAGUGUCUUAAACACAAAAACACCAAACAGCGGAGCAGGAAAAGCGUGUCCCGGUUCUGCUGAUGCUCGAGGUGCACGGAGGGUUCCCACUGCCAAAACAUAGUACAGUGAAAUAAUGGUCUUCUAGCCUGCUAAACAAGUGUCCAGCUUCCAAAAUGCCUGUGCAGGCAGCUCAGUGGACAGAAUUUCUGUCCUGCCCAAUCUGCUACAAUGAGUUCGAUGAGAAUGUGCACAAGCCCAUCAGCUUAGGUUGCUCUCACACCGUGUGCAAGACCUGCCUGAACAAGCUCCAUCGCAAGGCAUGUCCUUUUGACCAGACUGCCAUCAACACGGACAUCGAUGUGCUUCCUGUGAACUUUGCACUCCUCCAGCUGGUUGGAGCCCAGGUACCUGAUCAUCAGACAGUAAAGUUGAGUAAUGUAGGAGAGAACAAACAUUAUGAAGUAGCAAAGAAAUGUGUUGAGGAUUUGGCACUCUACUUAAAGCCAUUAAGUGGAGGAAAAGGUGUUGCAAGCUUGAAUCAGAGUGCACUGAGCCGUCCCAUGCAGAGGAAGCUGGUGACGCUGGUGAAUUGUCAGCUGGUGGAGGAGGAGGGUCGGGUCAGAGCCAUGAGAGCAGCUCGGUCGCUGGGAGAGAGAACUGUCACAGAACUCAUCCUGCAGCACCAAAAUCCUCAGCAGCUUUCUGCCAAUCUUUGGGCUGCUGUCAGGGCACGAGGGUGCCAGUUUCUAGGACCAGCUAUGCAAGAGGAGGCACUGAAACUUGUAUUACUGGCACUGGAAGAUGGCUCUGCACUCUCAAGAAAAGUUCUGGUACUUUUUGUUGUGCAAAGGCUGGAACCAAGAUUUCCUCAGGCCUCUAAAACAAGCAUUGGUCAUGUUGUGCAGCUACUGUAUAGAGCAUCAUGCUUUAAGGUCACUAAAAGGGAUGAAGAUUCUUCUCUGAUGCAACUUAAAGAAGAGUUCCGGAGUUACGAGGCUUUGCGGAGAGAGCACGAUGCCCAAAUUGUUCACAUUGCCAUGGAAGCAGGACUUAGAAUAUCACCAGAACAGUGGUCUUCCCUUCUUUAUGGAGACCUGGCACAUAAAUCACACAUGCAAUCCAUUAUUGACAAGCUUCAAUCUCCAGAAUCUUUUGCUAAGAGUGUACAAGAAUUGACAAUUGUCUUGCAGCGCACGGGGGAUCCUGCAAACUUAAACAGGCUGAGGCCUCAUUUAGAGCUCCUGGCAAACAUAGAUCCAAAUCCAGAUGCAGCAUCUCCAACAUGGGAGCAGCUGGAAAAUGCGAUGGUGGCUGUAAAGACUGUGGUCCAUGGGCUGGUGGAUUUCAUUCAGAAUUACAGUAGAAAAGGCCAUGAAACUCCACAGCCACAACCAAAUAGCAAAUACAAAACAAGUAUGUGCCGAGACCUUCGACAGCAAGGGGGGUGUCCAAGAGGAACAAACUGUACAUUUGCUCAUUCUCAGGAAGAGCUUGAAAAAUACCGCUUGAGGAACAAAAAAAUCAGCGCAACAGUGAGAACAUUCCCCCUUCUAAACAAAGUUGGCGUAAACAGCACCGUCUCAACCACCACGGGAAACGUGAUCUCUGUCAUAGGAAGCCCUGAGGGAACGGGCAAGAUGGUGCCAAGUACUAAUGGAAUAGCUAAUCUUGAAACUGGGGUUCCCCAGCUGAUCCCUCGCUGUGCAGACACCUCCCUGAGAGCUCUGGACAACACCAAGAAGGGAAGCAAGACUGGAGCCAAUGGCCAGAACGCUUCUGGGUCCCCCACAGAAUCACUUCCUGAAAAUAAAAUCGGUUCUCCACCCAAGACUCCUGUAAGCCAGGCAGCAGCUACCUCAGCUGGUCCUCCUAAUAUUGGAACAGAAGUUAAUUCUGUGCCUCCAAAAUCCAGCCCAUUUGUUCCCAGAGUACCUGUCUACACUCCACAUUCUGAUAAUGUUCAAUAUUUCCAAGAUCCCAGGACUCAGCUGUCAUAUGAAGUUCCACAGUACCCGCAGACAGGGUAUUAUCCAGCACCUCCAACAGUACCAGCUGGUGUGGCUCCCUGCGUUCCUCGCUUUGUGAGGUCCAAUAACGUUCCAGAAUCAUCCCUCCCGCCUGCUUCCGUGCCAUAUGCCGAUCAUUACAGCACAUUUCCCCCUCGAGAUCGACUGAAUUCUCCCUACCAGCCUCCUCCUCCGCAGCCGUACGGACCAGUCCCUCCUGUCCCCUCUGGAAUGUACGCUCCAGUCUAUGACAGCAGGCGCAUCUGGCGCCCGCAGAUGUACCCACGAGAUGACAUUAUUAGGAGCAAUUCUUUACCUCCCAUGGAUGUGAUGCACUCAUCUGUCUAUCAGACAUCAUUGCGGGAGAGGUACAACUCUCUGGAUGGGUAUUACUCUGUGGCUUGUCAACCUCCAAACGAGCAGAGGACUGUGCCUUUACCAAGGGAGCCUUGUGGUCAUUUGAAGACUGGUUAUGAUGAGCAGCUGAGACGGAAGCCAGAGCAAUGGGCACAGUACCACACACAGAAAACUCCUCUGGUAUCAUCAACCCUUCCUAUGGCAACGCCGUCUCCAACACCACCUUCUCCUCUCUUCAGUGUAGAUUUCAGCACAGAGUUCUCAGAGAGUGUCAGUGAUUUGAGUGGAACUAAAUUUGAGGAAGACCAUCUCUCUCACUAUUCACCGUGGUCUUGUGGCACUAUUGGCUCUUGUAUAAAUGCUAUCGACUCAGAGCCCAAGGAUGUGAUUGCCAAUUCCAAUGCCGUGUUAAUGGAUUUGGACAGUGGGGACGUUAAAAGGAGAGUGCAUUUAUUUGAAACGCAGAGAAGGGCAAAGGAGGAAGAUCCUAUAAUCCCGUUCAGCGAUGGACCCAUCAUCUCCAAGUGGGGUGCAAUCUCCAGGUCAUCCCGCACAGGUUAUCACACAACAGAUCCAAUCCAGGCCACUGCUUCCCAAGGAAGUGCUACUAAGCCCAUCAGUGUAUCAGAUUAUGUCCCUUAUGUCAAUGCUGUAGACUCAAGAUGGAGUGCCUAUGGCUCAGAUUCUGCCUCCUCAGCACGUUAUGCGGAACGGGACAGGUUCAUAGUUACAGAUUUGUCUGGUCACAGAAAGCAUUCCAGCACUGGAGACCUACUGAGUAUUGAAUUACAGCAGGCCAAAAGCAACUCCUUACUCCUUCAGAGAGAGGCAAACGCACUUGCCAUGCAGCAGAAGUGGAAUUCUCUAGAUGAAGGCAGUCGUCUUACUUUAAACGUUUUAAGCAAGGAAAUUGAUUUGAGGAAUGGUGAGACUGAUUAUCCUGAAGACUGUGCAGACACGAAGCCAGACCGAGACAUUGAAUUGGAGCUGUCAGCCCUCGAUACAGACGAACCUGAUGGGCAAGGGGAACAGAUAGAAGAGAUUCUGGACAUACAGCUAGGGAUUAGCUCCCAAGAGGAUCAGCUGCUCAAUGGAACAACCGUAGAGAAUGGGCAUCUGCUAAAGCAGCACCAGAAAGAAUCUAUGGAACAGAAGAGACAAAGUUUAGGUGAAGACCUUGUGAUUCUUUCUCAACUUGGAGAUUAUAGGAUCCAGAUGACUUGGCAAAAAGUAUCAGGUGCUCUUGGCUUUCCUUUGAAAACCCUGUAUCUAGUGUUUGCACUGACUAACAAGAUGGUAUUGCUGUUUUUUGUACUGUUUUGUUUUAAUUUAAACUAAGUAUUGGGAAUUUAAGGUGGUUGUAAUUACCUUUGUUAAAUGUUGCUAAUCAUAAUCUUGUAUUCAGGUUUAAUUUUUGUUUAUUCAGUGGCAACUUAUUUUCAAAGACAUUGAAAAUACAAUGAGAUAGCAUUAUCUGAUCUUCAGAGUGCUGAAAACUGUAUGAAUUUAUGCCCUGUUAAGAGGUGACUGAGAGUCAUGUUAGACAUGUCAACUGAAAAUUGGUUUUCAAAAAUACACAUGAACUAGAGCCCUGGGCAUAUUUUUUGAGAAGCUUAAAAAUCCACUUUUUUUUUUCUUUUAAGAAAGCAGGACUCUCCCUCCUGAUGAUUACUAUUUUCUUGUUUGUCCUCUUACUUUUCUUUGUGACAAGUUUUACAUUUUUUUUUAUGUUUUUAUUAACUUCUGUGAAGUUGUUUACUCUGAAAAUUGUACUGGAAUAUUUUAAGCCAAGCUGAUCUUUCACCAGGUGUACUGCAUGUAAGGGCUUUUCCUGCUAGCAAAAUGCUUAAAGAGGAUCAUGUUACUGGUCGUCUGAGUUGUUAUUUUACAAAAUCACAGCUAUGUGGUCGGGUAAGAUUUUGAUAACUGUUUUGUGCACGCUUCUGGGGGGUGGGGGUUGGCAUUUCCCUGAGGGUUACUGAUUAGACUAAGUAAAUAUUGGUGUUUGAUAUCUCUCCUAACGAACCUGUCCAUGAAAUAAUUAUGUUGUAAAUAUACCUGCAAAUCCAAGGGUUAGUUUUGAUAUUCUGGUGUCAGUAUGGAAGAUCUUACACAUCUAUUUAAUACUCCAAUGUCAAGGAAUGUAUGUAGAAAAAGAGUCAAGUAGUCUUUUCUUAGUUUCCUUUGGCUGUUGCUGUACCUUCUCCAGCCAGUGCCACCUCACUCUAGGGUUAGACUGACGCUUCUUUCACUCGCUACGUGAAGUGAAUGGAUACAAGAACCAGACCACCUUUGUCACCUUAACUUAUUUCCUAUUGAUGUUAACUUUAACUUAGAAUGUUAGACAUAAAUAUGAUUGUUGUAUAUUUUAUACCAAGACCAUUCUGUAAAUAUGAAUUUAUAUUACUUUUGAAAUGCUUCUGAGAUACUAUUAUUUGCUGUACAAUGUAAUUCCAAAACAGAUAUGCAAACAAGUAUGUCUCUUUCGUGGAUAUUUAAACAGUGAGAUCUUCCAUGUUGAAGGUGAUGUAAUUUUUUUAAAAGAUUUUUAAAUUUUAAAUUGCUAUUUUGUUACAAAAAUAGAGAAAAUAUAAAGGUUUGAGAAGUCCUUAUUUGCCCUCAGGGAAAGAGCCCUCUGUGCACCAGAACUCCACAGAACAUCUUCAGCAUGAUCUGAGGGUGAAUAUAUACUACAUAAAUUGAUUGUGUAUUUACCUUAACUUUUUAAUUUUAAAAUGGCAAUUUUAAAAACUUGGUUGUGCUCUGCUGGAGGGGGUUGGGAUAAGCUGCUUACACACAUUUGCCUGUUUGUCCAGUGAAAUAAGCCUGACAUACUCCUGCCAAGGUCUUGGCAUAUUUAAGAACAAGUGUAUCUCUAGACUCUUGUCUGCAGCAGGAGGUCCCGUGAUAGAGCAGUUCUCUAGGAUGACCAUACACUUCAUAUGGAAAGUUGGUUCUCAACUGAGGCUAGAGUUUUCUAGUUGGAUUGUUAACCUAUAAUGACAGGCAAAAGAGGGUUUAACAGCAUGCUGGCUUUGUCUUAGGGUUUUAAAACUGACCGUGUGGUUUUUGCCACCAAACUAAUGCCCUCCAGUGCCCUGACAGGGAGAAGCUGCAGGUGGGGACACCUGGCUCUGGCUUCCUUCUUUGUUGAAAUUUCAGCCCUUGACCCUUCACAAACAAUUACGUAUUGAUUUGUUAAUUGUAAAUCAGGUGCCUUUGGGCUAUGGAAGGGCUUAUUUUCUGACACUGAGAGAGUGACUUACCUUUGUGUGUCAAUAGCAGUGAUGCCCAUUUAGGUUUUGGCCUAAUUUACUGUGCUGUCAGAAAAGAAGGCCCAGAGCAGAUCGAGGAAAGAGAUUGGCUCUUUUGCUUUGCUUGGACAAGCAUUUUGGGUUGGUUUGGUUAAUUUUGUUUUUCCCCAUUAGGGGUACAGCAGGGAUUUCACAUGCAAGAGAGACAGGAAUUAUUAGUAUCUUAAGUUAAUUGUGUUGCCUCAUUACCUGGAUUCAUUCCUUGGUUUGCCUCAUUUCCCACAUAGGUCUUAAAAAGAGACUAAUGCUUGUGCUGGGAGAAUGCUUGUGUGAGAAAGUAACUAUCUGUACAUUCUUAACAUAUACUUAGAGCAGAGUGAUUGCCCUGCUACUGAUACUUUGUUCCUGUAAACAGGUGACAAGAAAUGAAUCUUAGUGUUUAUGCAGAUUUUGCAUUGUAGAAUGUAUACUAGACCCUUCAAAGGCAAGGUUAGACUCUUUGCAAAGCAAACUGGCGUUGGUUCUUGGUAGUCUAGUACAGGGACACUAAAGUUUGGCAUUUGAUUUAGGAAAAAGAAAACAGUUUCACACAGCUGAUUAUGUUAAAUAAGCUCUUAAUUAAGCUCUUUGUAGAAGUCUAAUUUGGAAGGUUUUAGUGCUUUGAUAACUCAAUUGAAAUUUUAAUUUCUCCUGUACUCAAGAGCUGAAUGCUGUUCUUGUAUAAUAGUGUACUAGGCUGGAUGAGGUACAAAAUAAUGCACAGUGGUCAAAAACAGCUGAGGAAAGAACGCUUAAAAUAACUCAAUCUAAACUCAGAAUAGUUCCAAACAUUGGUUUUAUUUGCUUUUUUAAAGCACAAGUUGUCAAGUUGUACCUGUUGCUGUACAUAAAUACUGUAUGCCAGCAGCUCCUUGAUCAUAUUUGUGAACAGACUUUUCAUUAUUGGACUGGUAUUAAAGGAAGGUGUUGAAUUUGAGAGUGUAACAAAAUGAGAAAUGAUCAGAUGAUCUAUAGGAUGUAAAAGUCCAUUUUUAUGUUGUAGUUUAAUCCCUUUGUUAGGAAGCUCCCUCUCAUUGAGGGACCUCUUCUGCAAGCAGAACACAAUAAAUGUGCUUUUUUAAAUGACCCAAUUUCCCAGUAUAAAUGAACAGCUGACUUUGGCAGUAGUCAUCCCCCUGCAUCUCUUUGCUGGCAAGGGAGCAGGACAAGGGUGGGGAUAAAACCCCAAAACGGUCACUGAUGAAAUGAAACAAAUCUGAAUAAUCAAAGUGCAAAAUGCCCAAACAUAAUUCUGCACUCCAUUACUUAAGGAUGCUUGUGGAAGCUUUUAAUCACUCAAGAUUCUGCUGUAAAAGCUGAAAUAAAGCAGAGCCUGGCUGCGUUUCUUACUGCCAAAAGCCAAGGUCAUUUGCACAUAGCCCAUGGAUUUCUCCAGAGUAGAUCUCCGUUACCCAAGGCAUGGGAAUGCAUGCGUUUUCUUAGCUGGGCAAACAAGUACAUUAUACAGUAGUUGUGAUACAACACACGUGGCUUUGAUUUGUACUGCACAUACCCACUGUACAGCCACUCCGAAGUAUUGUGGUUAGCUUGCAGCAUCUGCUGUCGCAUUGAUACUGUUUACUGCGUAUUCUUUUCCCUGGAAGUUUUAAAGAAAAUUUUUUUUUUCUUGUUGCAUUGAUUACAUUUUAUAAAUUUGCUUAGCUGGAAAGUUUGGGAAAAGAGGCCUGUUUGUCAAUUGUACAACCGAUUGUGAAGCUCUAGUGUGAAUAUUUUUACGUCUGUAUUAGACAUUUUCUUUGCAAAUCUAUUGUUCGAUUGAAAUGUAAAUGAAAUAAAAGAUGGUGUACACCCAUCAUGUAUAAAGCAGGCACCAUCGCUACGAUGGAUUUAAUGCUCAUUUUUAUGGCGCAUUCUCAGCUUCUAUUUAAAACUAUAAUUUAAAGAAAAAAAAAAUCUGUAAAAUGAAAUGGGGAUAUAUGGGGGAGUAAAUUCUAUUCCGUUUAUUUCGGUUUUGAUUCCCAAUGGUAAUGUUUCCCUUCGUGUUAGAGUAGGGGGGCCCCGGCGGGGCCCGUGUGUCGCUGUAGCACUGACGUGCAGAGGUUGUAGCUUUGGCUGGGCACGGAUAGAGCAUCCCGGUUCGGUGUUUGAGAGACUCGAUGGAAGAAGUUUGCAGUAUUGACAUGUAUUUGCAUGCACGAAUAAAAAUUAUUUGUCCACCUUAA